AUGUUCAUUCUGUUCGACAAGAACCAAGAUUUGUCCCGCGGCAAACGCCUAGAGAAUAGGACGUAUCAGAAUGACGCUAUGAAAAAGUUUCUUCAUAGGAUCUUCAAGAAUAUCCUCAAGAAUGACAAAGUCCAGGAAGCAAUGAAGCUGGUAGAGCAAAGCAACAAGGAGGACCGAGAGAUUCAUCUGCGUACGUUCAGGAAGGCUUUCAUUAAGCAUCGGAAUGAGUGGGUUGCUGAGGCUCUGAAACAAGGGCGUGAUCAAGAGAUCUACAAGACGUUGGCCAAUGCAAUCCGACGCUUGAGGCCCACACUGGAGUUCCAGGCAGCUUCGUAUUGA